AUAUUGAGAACAAUAAAAAGUGUAGUUGGUAAAUGUUAUAACUGUGGACUGGCACACUUUGAUCAGAAGAUAGAAGAGAAAGAGGGGGGGAGUUCACACCUUUGGCACACAGAUACAGACAGUCCAGGAAGUUAUAACUUUGCGUUUUAAUGUGAGCGGGUGUGUCGGCGCUUUUGUUAGCUUGCAUUUGUGAUCAAAUGUUUAGAAAUGAAGUUUUCCUGCCCUCUCAUCUGUGGUCUUGUUUUGUCCUGCAUUUGCUUCAAAGUCACAAGUUCAAGUUCUGAGCUGACUGUGAAUCAGAGCCCGUCCAACAUCACUGUGAAUGAGGGAGAUUCUGCUCAAAUCACCUGCUGCUGGAAUGAAACUGGAUAUAGAGUUAAAGUUGCUUGGUACAUCAGUGAGACAAAACUUUCAGGAGUAAACGAGCAACGCCAAGAGAAUCAAACACAGAACUGUUCAACGCUCCACCUCACAAACAUACUUAAAAAUGAUACUGGUCAUUAUGUUUGUGUAGUGACUCAAGACAUACCAGUCCUGGUUCAGGUGGAAGGCCCUGGAACAGAUCUAUCUGUCAAUGUCAGACAACUACAAAAGACGACUGUUUCCAACCCACCUACAAUGGUCCAGGUUCCCACCAGACUCCCAGCAGCCAUCACAGGUUCAAGUAAGGAGCUGACUGUGAAUCAGAGCCCGUCCAACAUCACUGUAAAUGAGGGAAAUUCUGCUCAAAUCACCUGCUGCUGGAAUAAAAUCGGAGUUAAAGCUAAAGUUGCUUGGUACAUCAAUGAGACAAAACUUUCAGAAGUAAACGAGCAAUGGCAAGAGCAUCAAACACAGAACUGUUCAACGCUCCACCUCACAAACAUACUUAAAAAUGAUACUGGUCAUUAUGUUUGUAAAGUGACUCAAGACAUACCAGUCCUGGUUCAGGGGAAAGGAAAUGGAACAGAUCUAUCUGUUAGUGUCAGACAACUAGAAAAUACAACAACUGAAGUUUCUUCCUCGACUCAAACAACCCAGACUACACACCAUACAUCCACACCCCCACAAACAGACCUUACCCUGUAUUUGUCCCUGGCCGCUGCCAUCAGCCUGGUGACCCUCUGCUUGGCCUUAAGCGUGUGCAAGAUGAGGAGCUCCUGUAAAAAAACAGAACGAGUGGUCAUUCACCAGACGCCACACAGCGAGGGUGAGGAGCAUGAGCACAUGGAGGAGGAGGACGGCAGCACAGGCUCAUCUCGAGGAUCCCUCCAAUGGUAUCAAGUACCAGUUUACUGGUCUUACUUUGAUCUACAGAGAGGCGAAGAAGAAGACAAAUGAAAGGAAAGACAAGCGUGAUGCUCUGUUCAUUGGACUGUAUUUUGCAUUGUUCUUUCUUUUGUGAGAGUGUUUUUGUAAAUAGAAUCUGUGGAAACCAUCUGAGCUCUUGACUGUGGUUUCAGAUAUUAAUCUCUGUUUGUAGCAGCUCCACUGAUUGAUCGUUUUGUUCUUAUUUUAAUUUUGUUGUCUUUUUAGUCGUCUAAAAAAAAGUUCCAACCUGGCAUGGAAAACUACUUGGAUACAUUCAUGCCCAAAUUCAAACAUGUAUAAAAGUAGUACAUACUGCCUGCAGCCCUGCACCUGAAGUCUAACCGUGAAGAUUUACACUGUACAGAUGUCUGCCAUACCUUUCAGCCUUCUUAGAAAUGUUGACACUUUCAUACUGUGGUUUCUUUUGCCAUUUACAAUAAAAGUGUGUGAAAACCA